UGGUGGAGGACUGGCUGGAGGGCUACCAGAAGGACCGCGAGGCCGGCUUCCUGCAGCUGCUCCGCUUCCUCGUCCGCUCCUGCGGCUGCAGAGGAGAGGUGACCGUGCAGAUGCUCAGGGACUGCCAGAACUCGGAGAUCAUCCAGCAGAUGACGGAGUCCUUUGAGGAGGGCCAGCAUGGCGUCAUCUACGACGAGUACCUAGUGGACAACCUGGUGGCCUUGCUGACUAGCAUGUCUGAUUCGCAAGUGCGCGCCUUCCGCCACACCAGCACCCUGGCAGCCAUGAAGCUGAUGACUGGCCUGGUGCGUGUGUCUCUGAGUGUCAGCGUCCAGAAGGACAACAGCCAGCGGCAGUACGAGGCGGAGCGGGCCAAGGGCCUCAGCCACAGGGCCCCGGGGAAGCUGGAAGGGCUGCUGCAGCAGCUCAGAGAGUUCCAAGAGAAACAAGAAGAGCUGGAGAGUCUGAUGAAUGGCAUCUUCAAAGGAGUCUUUGUUCAUCGCUACCGUGACCUGGUACCUGAAAUCCGUGCCAUUUGCAUUGAAGAGAUGGGCCAGUGGAUGCACCAUUACAGCGCCUCCUUCCUGACGGACGGCUAUCUCAAAUACAUUGGCUGGACCCUGCAUGACAAACAGGGGGAGGUCCGUCUCAAGUGCCUGCUGGCUCUGAAAGGACUCUAUUGCUGCCGGGGGACUGCGGCCCAGAUGGAGUUCUUCACCAGCCGCUUCAAGGAGCGGAUGGUGUCCAUGGUGCUGGACAAGGAGCCACAGGUGGCGGUGGAAGCGGUCAGGCUGCUCACCCUUAUCCUUCAGAACAUGGAAGAUGUACUGACAGACUCAGACUGUGAAAGCAUCUUCCCGCUGGUCUACGCUUCCAGCCGCCCAUUAGCCGCUGCCGCAGGGGAAUUCUUGUACAGGAAGUUGCUGGCGCCUGCAGAGUGCGCCCAAGGAGGGGAGCCCGAGGAGCGCCGCCAGGCUGCCAGGGCCUUCUUUCGGUCACUGCUUUGCUUCUUCAUCGAAAGUGAGUUCCAUGACCACGCGGCCUACUUGGUGGACAGCCUGUGGGACUGCGCAGCUCCUCUCCUGAAGGACUGGCAGGUGCUGACUGGGCUGCUGUUGGAAGAGCCGUCCGUGGAAGGCCUGGGUGAUCGGCAAGAGAGUGCCCUCAUUAUGAUCCUGGUGGCCAGCAUGCGCCAGGCCACAGAGGGGCAUCCCCCUGUCGGCAGGUUCUCUGGAAAGAAGGUAUUCUCUGCCCGGGAGCGCAAAAUGCAAGCUGAGGACCGCCUGAAGCUCACCCAGCAUCUCAUCCCGCUGCUGCCUCACCUGCUCACUAAGUUCUCAGCCGACGCGGAGAAGGUGGUUCCUCUGCUGGAGGCUCCGCGUUACCUUGACCUGGCCCUUUACAGCACUGGCCGCCUGGAGAAGUACUUAGAGCUGCUGCUGGCCCAGCUGUGGGAAGUGGUGGACAAGCACACCGACGCAGAGGUGCUGGGGGAAGCUUCUCAGACCCUCCACCUGCUCUGCCAACCUGAACUGGCCUUCUAUAGCCGGGCAGACCUUGCCCGUAGUCGCCUGAUGGACCACUUGGCAGACAAAUUCCAGCACAAAGCCACGGACCUGCUCCAGGCUUCCUUCCUGGAAGAAGAAGAUGCCUACAGCAUGGCUGCCACUCUCAAGCGCAUUGCCAUCUUCCACAGUGCUCAUGAUCUGACUCCGUGGCGCUUCUUUGAGCCCUGCAUGCACCUCCUGCACCAUGCGGUGGACACAGGCGAGGUCCCUCAGGAGGUGGUUGUCUCUGCCAUGACCUGCUCCUACUUUUCGCUUCUCUGGGAACUGGCCCAUCUCUCGGGUUCAGCUGCCGAGCCCCUUCCCAGCCAGGAGCAGUUGUUGGGCCUCAAGGAGCAAGUGGUGUCCUUCUGCUCUCUCUGCCAGAGCUGCCUCAUGAAUAUGGACCACAAGGUCAAGGAACAGGCCUUUCUGCUCCUGAGCGAUCUCCUCUUGAUCCUUGGACCCCAGUCUUCCCGAGGAGGAGGAGGAGGACACCCGGCGCUGUUGCCACCGGAGCUGGAGUACCAGGCAGAGUUGGCCUUGCAGUUCCAGCUGGCAGGCUUCAUUGUGGACCAUGUCUUCAGCCACUGCCAAGCUCAAGACAGCGAGGAGGAGGAGGAGGCGCUCCAGAUCGAACAGCUGCACCAGCGCCGUAAUCUGCUGGCUGGAUUCUGCAAGCUCAUUGUCUAUGGAGUGCUGGAGCUGAGCGCUGCCUCCGAUGUCUUCAAGUAUUACUCCAAGUUCUAUGAUGACUACGGGGACAUCAUCAAGGAGACCCUGAAUCGGGCCCGCCAGAUUGACCGGACGGAGUGGGCUCACACGCUGCUCCUCAGCCUGCAGCAGUUGCUGACCCAGCUGUUCCUGGAGCAGGGACCGGGAGGCGUGGACUCGGCAGCCUUCCAGGAGAUCCGAGACUUGGCCCGACGGUUCUCCCUGCUCUUUGGGCUGCACCAGCUCCAGAACCGCUCGGCCCUCGUUGUUCUGCACAAGGCUGGGAUCAAGUUUGCCUUCCAGGAGGCUGGCUCCUCCAACGCCCAGCUGGGUCUCGUCAACCUGCCCUUCUUGGAGCUGCUGAGUGAAUUCUCCCCUCGGCUAAUGCACCCCGACAAAGCCCCACUUUUGUCCUAUCGGAUGAUGAUGCGCCAGUCUCACCUCUCCUCUGAGGAGAGCGAGGCGUCCCGCUGGGCCUCCUUCCUCAUUUAUCAGCGUUCCCUGAGCCCCCAAGAAGGGGCAGACCCCCAGCGUGAUUUGGAGGUCAAGGGGAGGCCCAGACCGGCUGCCAAGAGGAGACGCCUGGACGGUGGGUGAACGGGAGGUGCCACGAAGUUCAGUGCCUGGUUGCGUACCUCCCGUGUGUGUGUGU